AUAACACCUUUCCACUUUCUUGAUAAUAAAAAACCGCAUGUCGCAGUUGGGGAGUGUUUCUGCGGGUUUCCGUCUGCUGGUAAGGGUAAGUCGGACUAUCCGGUGGCCAUCAGUUCAGAGCAGCAACUUUCGAUUUUCAGAACAGCAACUACCGAUGAUUCAGCACUUCAACAACGUCCACACG